AUGGACAGAAGUUGCAAUCUUCUCUUUGCUCUAGCAGUUUUCAUUCUGCUUCAUCACAAUACUUCACUUGCUAGUGUUCCUAAUAUUAGCACUGAUGAAGUUGCUCUUCUUGCACUGAAAUCACACAUUUCUUCUCCUCAUAACAUCUUACAAAGCAACUGGUCCUCUUCCAGCCCAAUAUGCAACUAUAUCGGAAUCACUUGCGGCUCCUACCACAAUCGAGUCACUGCUUUAAACAUUUCUAGCAUGCAACUUCAUGGUACCAUUCCUCCACACCUUGGAAACCUCUCAUUUCUCAUCUCCCUCGAUAUCAGUGACAACACUUUUCACGGGGGUUUUCCAGAGGAGUUAGCUCAUUUACAGAGGUUGAAAUUGAUUAAUGUCACAAGAAAUAACUUCACUGGUUCCAUUCCAUCAUUUUCAAGUUUGUUACCUAACCUUCAACACAUGUACCUUUCGAUGAAUCAAUUUUGGGGGAAAUUCCAUCUUCCCUUUAACAAAGCUAGAAGUGUUGAGAAUGAAUAG